GCAGCUCAAGAUCAUCCACUUCUUCAUUGAAGUGACGGCCAUCAACACAACAGUUUCUGUCGAGAGCUUGCCGCCAGCCGGAGUAUCUGAUGAUGGUGUGCCUGAUGCCUUUACAGUCCUGGGUGCAGCUGCUGGUGGAGUGGUUGUCCU